AGAGCUGUCCUGCGGUGCGUCCUGCUUGACCUGAAGCAGCGCUCACAGCAUCCGUGCCUUUCCCUACAGCCCAGCUGUGAGACAGCAGCGCUUUCAUCGGCUUUCAACCGGUCUGUGAGAGGAAACCUGCACCACAGAGAAAAUGAGAUGAGUCAGUCUGAGAGUGAGUGCUGCACACCCCUGGAAUUUUUGGGGGAAGAUUCUGGAUGUUCUGGGUGUCACUGCCCUAAAAAACAACUUGGUGCCCUUUAGGAAGCAUACUAGAAAAUGUUGCUGACUCGAAGAAAGAGACUUCAUCUUAGCCGGAUUAUAUUUCUUCUGUCUGGGGUUUUCCUUUGUUCUUUAUAUCAACUCACUAUCAGAACCAGACUACCAGAACCCUGGCCUGAGCCCCAGACAGCAGGAAGACCUGAGGAUGGCUCUGAACUUGGCUCUGGACUGUCGGAGAUAACAGAGGUUUUUACUAAUUUGACCGCUGCUGAGCCAAAGAGCUCCAACCACACAGAUGGGGUCCAGUCAUCAGAGAUGGCGACAAAUGUACCCAUCCCAACAAUAUCUAUAACAGAGACACCUACAACAACCACAAACAGGACAAUCAUCCAUUGCAUCUAUGUUGAUCCAGACCUUCCAAAACCCACCCCAGUUCCUACUCCGGCAACCGAUAUGACCACUUUUUUGCCCAACACUACAGCGUCCAGACCUGGAGAGGCACCACACAUGAAGGGCGAGUACCCGGAGGACAUCUUCACCAUUGAGGAGCGACGCAAAGGCUGGGUCAUUCUUCACAUCUUUGGAAUGGUAUACAUGUUUGCUUCUUUGGCCAUCGUCUGCGAUGAGUUUUUCGUUCCUACAUUGGGGGUUAUCAUAGACAAACUGGAGAUCUCAGAUGAUGUGGCCGGGGCAACGUUCAUGGCUGCUGGAGGCUCUGCUCCUGAACUCUUCACUUCCUUGAUCGGUGUCUUCAUAUCUCAUAGCAAUGUGGGCAUUGGAACCAUCGUUGGCUCGGCUGUCUUCAACAUCCUAUUUGUGAUCGGAAUGUGUGCGCUGUUUUCCCGGGAGAUGCUUCACCUCACCUGGUGGCCUCUCUUUCGGGAUGUGUCGUUCUACAUCCUCGAUCUCAUCAUGCUCAUCAUCUUCUUCUUGGACAAUACCAUUAUGUGGUGGGAGAGUAUGAUGCUGGUGUGCGGUUAUGCUACCUAUGUUGUCUUCAUGAAGUACAAUGUUCAGAUAGAGCAAGCUUUUAAGACUCAACUCAGGAAACACAAGAACAUCGUCAAAGUUAUCGCGGUCGAAGAACCUGAGAAGGACAAUGGGACCUCGAGUGAAGAGAACAGGCCGCCUGAACCAGAAGACAAGAAUCGAUUAAAGCUGAAGCCCACACUGCAGCGCGGGGGCAGUUCUGCCUCUCUGCACAACAGCACCAUGAGGAACACCAUCUUCCAGCUGAUGAUUCACACACUGGAUCCUCUUGGAGAAGUGAAAUUUAAAGACAAGGCUCAGAUUUUGAACGACAUGGCCCGGGGGAAUGUAGAGAACAAAAAGAAGGAAAAAUCUGGUGAAGGUGACGAUCAAAUGGAGCAGUCCAAGGAUUCCAAAGAUGCUGCUCCAGGAGCCAAGGAAGAAGACGCUAGUCAAAAGCCUGAGGCGCAAAAGGAAGGAGACACUGCAGCAGGAGGAGGCUCAGAGAAACCAGGAGGUUCAGAUGAUUCGGGAGAUGAUGAUGAAGAUGACAGUGAUGAAGACAGCGAUGAAGACAGUGAUGAUGAAAAUGAGGAUGAGGCUGGGGAGGAAGGAGAAAAUGACGAACCUCUGUCCUUAGAGUGGCCAGAGACCAGACGUAAACAGGCCACAUAUUUGUUUCUGUUGCCCAUUGUCUUUCCUCUGUGGCUGACAGUUCCAGAUGUCAGAAACCCUGCAUCCAAAAAGUUCUUUGUCAUUACUUUCCUUGGCUCAAUAGUAUGGAUUGCUAUAUUUUCCUAUCUUAUGGUGUGGUGGGCACAUCAGGUGGGUGAGACCAUUGGCAUCUCUGAGGAAAUCAUGGGUCUCACCAUUCUGGCUGCAGGAACAUCCAUUCCUGAUCUAAUCACCAGCGUGAUUGUGGCUCGAAAAGGCUUGGGAGACAUGGCUGUCUCGAGCUCUGUAGGCAGCAAUAUAUUUGACAUCACCAUGGGGCUGCCCGUGCCCUGGCUGAUGUACUCAUUCUGCCAUUCCCUGGCACCGGUGCCCGUGAGCAGUAAUGGGCUGUUCUGUGCCAUUGUGCUGCUCUUCCUCAUGCUCCUCUUCGUCAUUAUCUCCAUCGCUGCCUGUAAGUGGAGGAUGAAUAAAGUGUUGGGAUUCAUCAUGUUCAUCUUCUACUUUGUGUUCCUGGUGCUUAGUGUCAUGCUAGAGGAUCGAAUCAUUAUAUGUCCCGUGUCCAUCUGAGCAAACCCGUGGAUACAGUCCUGUCUUUUGAAACGUUCUGAACUGUAACUUCACACAUAAUGUAUCAUAUUUGAAGCAUCUCUGGACUCACUGUUGACUUAUUCUGUAUUACACAAGUUAUUUUGUAAAGGGAUGCAAUAACUGGCCAUAAUUUCCAAACUCUGUUAACUGUUACAGACACUUGAGUUUUUUUGGUCUCCUUUUUUGGUUUGUUACAUUAAAAUGAAUACAGUAAUGACACAGAAGAGUCACAGGCCCUGUCCCAAAUGGUCUCCAUUUUUGGUAUCCACACUUUGGUGAUGUAAUGCCAAGUAGAUUGUUGAGUGUAGACUGCUGUGUUUGCCCACCAGUGUGAGCUUUGCAAAAGGGCACAUUGAGGCCACAUACAGAGGCACUCUUGAGCACGCUUUUGAACCAUAAAAUGACAAAUAAGACACCCUACUGCACUGUGGAUUUGGCAAACACAAUAUGAUUCUGAUUGCAUAAUUAAAGGCCACAUCAAGUGUGCCAUUUAGGACAGCACCACAGUGUACUAUAUAUGGAAACUCUCACUUAAUUUGUGAUGCAAUUUAACCAUUUAGUUCUAUUGUGAUGAUACCAAGACACAAAAUCACAAAGAUUAUAACCUGGUGAAAAGUCGAAAUGUUGCUUUAAUUUUGUCCAAUGAUGAAAAAUUGCAUUUCACAACAAAGAAAAUGUUUCCAAUUUUUUUUAUUUUUUAUAUUGUGAUUGUAUUAUUUGAUGUUGUGGGUUUUCAGAUAGCUAUGGGACUACAUUGGGAGAAAUUGUGAGCUUAUUGUAAAUGAUGCAAUUGAAUCAUUCUGCAACGGAAUUAUUUUUGUAACUUGGAAAAAUGUCAUUAGCAAGCGUUUUAAAUGCAGAUCUUGUGCUGUAUGUAAGAUAUGAUUUUUUUUCCAUCAUAAAAGUAGAAUCUCAAGCAUAUAACAAGACUUCUUUACAAAGUCUAAUGUAAUCAGUAUGAUUCUGAUAAAAACAGUUGUGAAUUUCCAUACAAAUGUCACACUGCUGUUUGAAUUCACUACUGAGUCAAGGAUUGUUUUUUUUCAAAUAUUACACAGUGUUGAUUUCUCUCUUGAGAGUUGCUCAUUGUAAAUAUUCAUUUGUUGGUUCAGUGCAAAAUUAAAUGGGGUUUCAAAUGUGACUUUUCCUCCCUCUGUUUCAUCGAAAACAAACCAGUGACACCAACACAAACACUCUGGAGUCGAUUUAAGUGUUUAUUUACAGUUCUAAACAAUUUUAUAGACCUGGCUCAGAUCUGACUAAAUGAUAUAUACAAAUAUAAAUAGAAGUAACAAAAGGAGUGAUAUGUAAAGCACAUUGCCCUAACAAAAUGAUUUGU